AUGAAUGAAGAAUUAAAUUUAACAUAUAUAACUCUUAGUGGGUAUGUAGAAGUGGACACGUUCAGAUAUGUUUAUUUCGUGGUUAUUUUCAUCAUAUAUAUUCUAAUCAUUUGCUGUAAUUCCACCAUUAUAUGCCUCAUUGUGAUUCACAGAAACCUCCAUGAGCCGAUGUACGUUUUCAUUGCAGCUUUGCUCCUCAACUCUGUUCUUUACAGCCUGAAUAUCUACCCGAAGCUGCUGAUUGACUUUUUAUCUGAGAAGCAGAUCAUAUCUUAUUCAGCCUGUCUCUUUCAGUUUUUUUUAUUUUACACCUUAGGUGGUUCAGAGUUCUUGCUGUUGGCAGCCAUGGCCUAUGACAGGUACGUGUCCAUCUGUAAACCUCUGCAAUAUCCGACUAUCAUGAGGAAAACAAGCAUCGGGAUUUUCUUGCUGUUAUCUUGGCUCGUGCCUGCUUGUCUGGUCGCGGGGGCGGCCGCUUGGAGCGCGAAUAUGAAACUCUGUAGCUUCACUUUGAGAGCAAUAUUUUGCAACAACUCCAUUUACAAACUUCACUGUGUGAGCUCACGAGCCCUUUCCAUGUAUGGUAUCAUUAUUUUGCUCAAUAUUGCAUUUUUUCCUUUGCUCUACAUAGUUUUUACGUACACAAAGAUACUCAUAAUAUGCUAUCGAAGCUGUGGAGAUGUGAGGAAAAAGGCUGCACAGACCUGUUUACCUCACCUGAUGGUUUUAAUCAGCUUCUCAUUGUUGUGUUCAUAUGAUAUUAUUAUACUUCGCCUGGAAUCAGACAUUCCAAAAACGGCACGUUUAAUAAUGACUUUACAGGUGAUUUUGUAUCAUCCUCUCUUCAAUCCAAUCAUAUACGGGCUGAAAAUGAAAGACAUUUCUAAACACCUCCAGAGGUUGUUGUGUUCAGUCUGA